CCUGAAAUGCUACAGCCGGCGCGCCUGGAGCAGAAACGCAGGACACAUCUUCGGCAACGGGACGCUGUUCACCCAUCACUCAGCUACCCAAAUACGAGCUGAGUUUGCAAGCCCGACUGGGGGUGGUGCUGGGGUAGCGGUACCGGCGCUGAUGUCACAGCCUGCACGCCGUCAUGAUUGGGUCUAAUUAGAAAUUGCGGCAGCAAAUAGAUGGGCUUCCUGCAUGGUCGGAUUCAAAGUGGCUGGUGCCAAAAAGGCAGAGGUGCAGAACCUGGAGCGCCUGGAGCGGCAGUGCGCGCCGCAGCCGACGCGCGGAGUCUGGGGGGCGUGAUCGAGCAGACGCUCCUCAAUCUGCGCGAGGGACACCCUUUAAGACUGGGGGAAUAAAGAGAAAGGCAGCAUCUCCAGCGGCUUCGAGGGACGCCCCAGACCGCAAAGUGAAGCUGAACUACUUAGGAGGCACCACGAUGGCUUCGGUCCUCGGCCACGGCAGCCGCGCUCCGGGGGCUCCGAGCAGCCAGCUGAAAUGCAAGUUCAAAAGGAGACGGAGGAGGAGGUCAAAGAGAAAAGAGAAAGUCAGCAUGCUUUCCGCAUUUAUAGCACCUUUCAAAUGCAUGAAUCCUGGGACAGUAAACACAGAGGAUGAAGAUAAUUUGAGCACAAGCAGCGCUGAGGUGAAGGAAAACCGAAAUAUCGGGAACCUAGAAGACUGCGCCCUGCUUCCCGGAGAUCACCAGUCCAUCUUCCGUUCCGAUGCCUCCAGAGGCGGGACUUCUGGCCUAAAGAGGAAGCGACCGCUGGAAGAGGGUAAUAACUCCCACCUUUGUAAGCUCCAGCUGUUUUACAAAAGGCUGAGCUGGUCCGACGCUCCAAAGAAUGCUCUGGUGCAGCUGAACGAGCUCAGGCCGGGCCUGCAGUAUCGGAUGGUCUCCCAGACCGGACCCGUGCAUGCCCCAGUGUUCUCAAUUGCCGUGGAGGUCAACGGGCUCACGUUCGAGGGCACAGGGCCUACAAAGAAGAAGGCCAAGAUGAGGGCAGCAGAGAUGGCCCUCAGGUCCUUUGUCCAGUUCCCCAACGCCCCUCAGGCCCACCAGGCCAUGGGAAACCGGGGCAACCCGGCAGCCGACUUCACUUCGGAUCAGGCCGACUUUCCGGACUCGCUGUUCAAGGAGUUUGAGCCAGCGUCCCACGCUGACGGCCUGCUGGUGUGCGGGUCCACAGAAAAUGAGUCGGUCCCCGGACCCCUCUGGCACGGGAGACCACUUCGCCCCACGCUGGGCCUAGUGGCCCGGGCCGGGCAAAACAAGCAGAAGAUGUCCUCCCCUGUGGAGGGCGAGAAGAGCCCGGUGGUGCUGUUAAAUGAGCUGCGGCCAGGCCUGAGGUACGUCUUCCUCUCGGAGAGCGCGCAGAACAGACACAGCAGGAGCUUCGUAAUGGCCGUGAGGGUGGACGGGAGGAUAUUCGAGGGCUCUGGACGCAGCAAGAAGCUGGCAAAACGCCAGGCGGCGCUGUCCGCGUUACAGGCUCUCGAGUUGGCACCCGAGAGGAGAAGCAGCCAUAUUCCCAGCAGGAGUAAAUGCCCUCAUUUCCCACAGGCCUUUGCAGACGCGAUAUUCCACCUGGUGACGGAGAAAUACCGCGAGCUGGCGGGCGGCUGCUCCCCAACGCACGCACGCCACAAGGCCCUGGCGGGGAUCAUAAUGACCAGAGGUCUGGAUCUCAGGCAAGCCCAGGUCAUUGCCAUAUCGACCGGCACCAAAUGCCUGAGCGGCGAGUACAUCAGCGAGCAGGGCCUGGCGGUGCAUGACUGCCACGCUGAGGUCAUCGCCCGGAGGGCCUUCCUGCGCUUCCUCUACGCUCAGCUGGAGCUCUUCCUCAGCAAAAACAGGGCGGACUGGGAGCAGUCGAUCUUCAUCCGGCACAAGGAGGCGAGCUUCAGGCUGAGGGAGAACAUCCUGUUCCACAUGUACAUCAGCACAUCUCCUUGUGGGGACGCCCGGCUCAACUCUCCCUAUGAAAUCUCCACCGAUCUGCACGCCGGCCGGCCGCUGGUGAAGAAACCACACGGGAAACUGCGGGCCAAGGUGGAGACCGGGGAGGGCACCCUGCCCGUGCGCUGCAGUGCUGACACACAGACGUGGGACGGCGUGCUUCAGGGGGAGCAGCUCAUCACCAUGUCCUGCACAGACAAGAUCUCCAGGUGGAACGUUCUGGGCCUGCAGGGAUCCCUCCUCACGCACUUUGUGGAGCCCAUCUACCUGCACAGCCUGACGGUCGGCAGCCUCCGGCACCCGGGCCACUUCUCCCGGACGGUGGCGCGGCGCCUGGAGCACGUUGACACGCUCCCGCCGUCAUACCGGCGCAACCAGCUCCUGCUCAGCGGCCUCAGCCGCGAUGACAGCCGUCAGCCGGGGAAGUCCCCCUGCUUCAGCGUGAACUGGACGGUGGGUGACGGCCAGCUGGAGGUGGUGAACGCCGCCACGGGCAAGAGGAAGGAGUCGGGGGCAGCGUCGCGGCUCUGCAAGCGUGGGCUCUUCGCGCGCUGGGCCAGGCUGCACCGGAAGCUGAGCAUGCACACGACGAGCCAUGGGGAGACGCCACUGGUGUACGCCGAGGCCAAGCUGGCCGCCCGAUCCUACCAGGCUGCAAAGCAGCAGCUGUUUCGCUCACUGCGAGAAGCAGGACUGGGCACCUGGGUAAAAAAGCCACCUGAACUGGACCAGUUUGAACUGCCAGUCUGAAGACCAGAAGGGGGGAGGGGCCAGGGUGGGGUUGGGACGUGGUUCUUGGGAGAAGACGGGGAAAUGACUAGGGUGUCCACUCAUCAAGGAGAGUGACACACCUAGGGUCCAUGUGGAGGAAAUGAAAAGAGAAUUACCAAAAACGAAGGUGAUGUCGGUGGAGACGUGGGCGGGGAUGUGGGCAGAUAAUUAGGCAGAGACUCCGUGGAGACAUGGGCGGGGAGAUGGAGACAUGGAUGGAGACGUGGGCGAUGACAACUCAGGAGCCCAGGAUACCUCGCCAGUGCCCCCAGCCUGCUGCUCCAUGCAGGGUGGGGGCUGUCGCCCCAGAGGAGCUCUAACCUCUACCAGAGUGAAAGGCAGCAGUUAUCGUGUCAUCAGCCAUUUCCAGCCUUUUAUCUCCAUGGCCACCCAGUUAAAGGCCCUGUCACAGUGACGUGUGUAAAGCAGGGCCACCGCACCCUCGCCAUCCCUCUGUCUGUCUGCCCAUCCCUGCAGAAACUCUGAGACCAGGAGCAGGAUUUGACUUUGCAAAAACACAUGAAAUCUUUUUUGCAAAAACACAUGAAAUCUUUUUUGCAAAAACACAUGA